GUGCUGAGGUGUCGUAAUCUCAUCUGUCCUAUUUAUUGUUCCCAGGGCUCCACGUUCACUGCCCUCUUGCAUCUUCUGCAGCUACUAGCAUGACCAAGGCCCUGGGAAUAUUGAUAGUACUUGGCCUGUGCUGGCCUUCAGCACUUUCUCACCCCCUGGUCCCCAAGCUGCAGACAGGAACCGAAGGGGGAAAUGGGACUGACCAGCACUCAGAUGAAAUUGGCCGUUGUUCUGAGGAUUGGGGUUUUGAUGCAGUCACCUUGGAUGAAAUGGGGAACAUGAUUUUCUUCAAAGGUGAAUCUGUAUGGAAGAAUCACAAUGGAUCCCGAGAGCUGAUCUCAGAGACCUGGCCAGAGGUUGAGGUCCCUGUGGAUGCUGCCUUCCGUCUGCAUCACAGGGCUAAGCCUGAGUUUCAUGAUGGUGUAUAUUUGAUCAAGGGUGACAAAGUCUGGGUGUACAUAGCUGGAAAGCUGAAGUCUGGGUACCCAAGACUCCUCCAGAAAGAAUUCCCUGGAAUCCCAUCACCGCUGGAUGCAACUGUGGAGUGUCUCCCUGGGGAAUGCCAGGAAGAAGGGAUUCUCUUCUUCCAAGGUAACAGGACAUGGUUCUUGGACCUGAGCACUGGAAAGGUGAAGGAACGAAUGUGGCAAGACCUGAAUGAGUGCUCUUCAGCCCUGCGCUGGCUUGGCCGCUAUUAUUGCUUCCAGGGCAGCAAAUUCCGACGGUUUAACCCUGUGACAGGGUUGGUACCCCAAAAUUAUCCUCGUGAUAUCCGAGAUUACUUCAUGAGAUGCCCUGGGAGAGGUCAUGGACGUGGGAAUGUAUCUGUCACCCCUUGCAGCCCGGAUUUUGUAUUCUCUGCUUUUGUUUCUGACGACCAUGGUGCCACAUAUGGCUUCAGGGGUUCGAGUUACUGGCGUCUGGACUCAGGGAGGGAUGGCUGGCACAGUUGGCCCAUUGCACACCACUGGCCACAGGGACCAUCAAGUGUGGAUGCUGCCUUCUCUUGGGAGAAAAAGCUCUAUCUGAUUGAGGGCACCCAGAUCUACAUCUUUCUGACAGAGGGGGGCUACCGCCUAGUGGAUGGGUAUCCUCGGAAAUUGCACAAGGAGCUGGGAAGCCCACAUGGGAUCUACCUUUCUUCUGUGGAUGCUGCCUUCACUUGCCCUCACUCAUCUCAGCUCUAUAUUAUCUCUGGGAGAUUGAUGUGGCAGCUUGACCUCAUGCUAGGUGGAAAGGAUCCAUGGACAGAGUUUACGAUACCCCAUAACCAUGUGGAUGGGGUUCUGUGCAAACCUCAUGAGCUCUAUGUGGUCAGUGGCCCUAAUGCAUACCGUUACCGAGAUCCUGAGGAACUCAAGACGACCAAAAUCCCCCCUCCACCCCAGAGUGUGGCCGUCAGACUCCUGAACUGCAGACAAUGAGGAGAUUUGAUUUUUUCAUCCCCUGACUCACUGGGACUUUUCAUAAGAACCAUGCCUUUACAUAAUAAAAUUUAGAAAAUAUUCUGAA